AUGUUUACCCUGCUUCUGUUAUCAGGUUUUAUCAGCUUCAGUGUUUCUCAUCGUUAUGUCUUUGUGAAUGAAUCCAAGACUUGGGCAGAAGCUCAGAGAUACUGUAGAGAUAAAUACACUGAUCUGGCCACCACUGAGAAUGAUCAACAGACGGUCCAGUUAAUCAACACAGUUAAAGAUGAUUCCAUUGAUUUGGCCUGGAUUGGACUCUAUGAUGAUCUGAACAGUUGGAAAUGGACUCUAGAGGACAGUGAUUUCUUCAAGGUUACAAAACCUGGACUGAAGCUCAGAGUUACUGCAGAGAACAUCACACAGACCUCGUCAGUAUCAGGAAUGAGAUUGAAAACUACAGGUGUCAUCUUGACAUCAUCCCGUCAGUAUCAUUUUGUGAAUGAGUCUAAGACCUGGACUGAAGCUCAGAGAUACUGCAGACAGAAUUACACUGAUCUGGCCACCAUUGAUAACAUGGAGGAAAUGAACAGUCUGAUCAACACAGUUAAUGGGAGUUACAAUGGUUCAGCCUGGAUUGGACUGUAUGAUGAUGUGAACAGCUGGAGAUGGUCAUUGGAGGACAAUGAUUUCUAUCAGGAAGGAGAGAGAGAUUUCAGGAACUGGUAUCAUGAACCGGACAACAGUAGUGCAAAUGCCACACAGAAUUACAUCAGAAUCUAUGACUGGAAAAUCUGGUCAAAGGCUCGUAGAUACUGCAGAGAGCAUCACACAGACCUCAUCAGUAUCAGGAAUGAGGCUGAAAUCCAUGAGAUCCAAUAUUUGUUCAAGAAUGAAUUUCAUUCCUUUUGGAUUGGACUGUACAGAACCAGAUCUUGGUCAGAUCAGAGCAACUCUUCAUUCAGUAACUGGAGGACAGGACAGCCAGAUAAUGCUGGAAACAGUGAAUACUGCACUACAGUGUCAUUCAGUGACUCUGGGAACUGGACAGAUGAAAACUGCGAUACUGCCUUACCUUUCAUUUGCUACAGUGUGUCAUCUUUGACAUCAUCCCGUCAGUAUCAUGUUGUAUCUGAGUCUAAGACCUGGACUGAAGCUCAGAGAUACUGCAGACAGAAUUACACUGAUCUGGCCACCAUUGAUAACAUGGAGGAAAUGAACAGACUGAUCAACACAGUUAAUGGGAGUUACAAUGGUUCAGCCUGGAUUGGACUGUAUGGUGAUGUGAACAGCUGGAGAUGGUCACUGGAAGACAAUGAUUUCUAUCAGGAAGGAAAGAGAGAUUUUAGGAACUUCUAUCAUCAACCAGACAACUAUGAUGGGAAAGAACUGUGUGUUUCCAUAUAUUAUGGUUUGACUGAAAACUGGUUUGAUUCAUCAUGUGACAAUCACUAUACAUUUGUUUGCUAUGAUGGUAGGACAUUUAAUUUCAAUUCUAAAACUUAUCUUUAUCAGUCCCUCAAGGCUUCAGCAUGCUUCCUCAGAAUGUGGGAGAGACAAUGUAAGGCACUUUCAACCAACAAAUAAGU